AUGGAUUUUCCAAAAGGUUUGGAUCCAUAUGUUUCUAAACAACAUCUACUAUACCAUUCAUUCUCGCCACUAGUUUCACUACAAUCAACUCAUAAUGUUGAUUUAUAUUUCCAAUCAGUAUUGAAUCGCAAUGAUUCAAUAUCAACUUUGCAAAUUUUCAAACCAUUUGGUAAUAAUAUGAAGAAUGCUAUACCUAAUCAACAGUUUAAAAUUACAAGCACCCAACUAAUUACAAAGAAUUGGGAUUAUUUCCCAAUAAGGUUCGAAUCAACCAUGCCGGAAAUACUAUCAGUAACCAGUGCUCAACAACAACAACAACAACAACAACAACAACAACAACAACAUCAACAACAUCACGUACAGCAGCAGCUGGAGAGGAGAAGUCAUGAUGGUGUUAGUGUAUCAAGUAGGGAUCUGGCCACCUCCUCAUCAUCAUCAACAACAACAACAACAACACCAAGUGGACCAUUGGGCAAUACCCCAAGUUUUAUACUGCAUGAAGCUCCGCAAUUGGAUCAACUAUUUAGAAUAUCCUCAUUAGAGCAGUAUUUACGACAUGCAUCUAAAGAUACUUUGAACAAUAAGGACUUGUACUUGACUUUUCUCGAUAAAGUCAUCACUUCCAACAAACCUACUGCAUUUGAAACUUUUAAUCAUCCAGUGGCACAAGUUUUUAUUAUUGAUUACGAUAAUGAUACAAUAGACUAUCUCCGCAAAAUGAUUGUUGAAUUUAGAAACUACAAUUUCCCCAAAUAUUUCCAAAUUGAUGAUUUAUUAAUGCAUGUGUUUAUCGUGUAUGAUUCGACAAAGUAUAAACCUAGUGAAUUAUCAGGGUUGCAACAAAGUAUUCGGCUGAAGUUGAAUAUUGAAUCAACUUUGUUGGCUAUACCUUCUGGUUCUGCACAAGACGGUCAACAAGUGACAUUAUCCUUGGUUGAAAAUUGCACACUUGAAGAACAUUUACAACGACUUUCAUUAAAAGACAAUGAUUCAACAUUUACAGUGCCUCUGUCUAUUGACACAUCUAUUAAAUUUGGAGUCAAUACAUUUAUCAACAAGUAUCUUAUACCACACAUGCAAAAUAAAGUGCGUACUUGGGAUGAUCAAGUACUACAACCAAAGAAGUCAAUAACUGGGAGAUUCUUUUCUGCAUCAAGAAAACUAUUCAACAAUAGCGAUUCAAAUCUUCUUUCAUCUACAUCAACAUCCGCAUCUUCCAGCUCUUCACCCGCACAUCACUCCUCCACUUUUAAUUAUCGUGAAAAUCAGUACUAUAAAUCAUCACCAGAACAAAUGACGAGGAAAUUGGCCGAUUGGUCACUAAUGCUCAAAGACUUCAAGUAUGCAUAUUCAACUUAUGACGUUGUUCGCAAAGAUUAUAGUAAUGAACGAGCAUGGCUAUAUGUUGCAUCAACACAGGAAAUGUGCAUUGUGUCACUCUUGUUGCAACAUACUUCACACACCACCACAACCUCCCCUGCCCUUGAUAAAAACACAUUACGUCGAAUUAAACAUGAUAUCAUCGAACCAUAUAUGGAUAAUUUAUCAUACACGUUUAAAUCUCGAUUGAAUUUGAAAACGUAUAGCUUGGCUAGUUUUUUAAUUGUGGUUGAGUUGUUGCUAUUAAUGUGCCAAAUAUAUAAACAGUCCAAUUGGUGGUUUGAUUCGAUUGAAAAAUAUUUGCAUAAACUAAUCGUUGAUUUUGAUACAUCAAUGACCAACACCACUUAUUCGGUGAUGAAAGCACUUUUGUUGGAGAGAUUGGCAUAUAAUAGUGGUUGUUUUUAUACAACGUCAGGGAAAUACGUCACCGAACAUACACAGGAAACCGAAGGUGAACCACUGGAGGAAGAAGGAAUGUAUCACAAUAAAUUUAAACUUGCAUCAACCAGAUCAUCAAUGGGCUUGACUAAAUAUAGAACUUCAGCAUUGUGGUAUUUGUUAGCAAUGAAUGAAUGGGUUGAUGCCAAGUCAAAACUGCAAAUUGAUCGCCUUUUGCCUAAUGUGUUGGAAGUUUAUGAAGGAAGAAUUAACAACGGGCAUAAGCAAGAUUUUGAGAAUAAUGAUGCAAGCUUGCAUGAUUUAUGGUUUAAUAGAAAAGAUUCUUUGUUGGGUAAAAUAGAGACGUAUAGAGAUUAA